CUCAGGGACUAACGUCAAAAAUAAAACGCGUGUUUUCACAAUUCAUGUAAACAAAGCAAACAAGCAUAAUAAAAUAAUAAUUUUUAUUCAGUUAAUUUGUCGUGCUUCAACGUCCCUUCGCCAAAACAAUUAAUAAUCGCUUCGCUUAUAUUCCACCGCCAUCAUGCCAGUCGAACAGAUUCAAUACUCCGAAAAGUACUAUGACGACGUAUAUGAGUAUCGUCACGUCAUUCUUCCGCCUGAUUUAGCUCGCAGCGUGCCAAAAUCGCAUCUAAUGACAGAAACCGAAUGGCGAAACCUUGGGGUGCAACAGUCGCCCGGUUGGGUCAUGUAUAUGAUGCACGCACCAGAGCCGCAUAUAUUGCUAUUCCGGCGACCACGAACUGAUCCACUUCCGAAAAAGCAAGCUGGAGAAAAUUCUUCCACUGGACAAGGGUCAUCUCGAUUGCCGGUGUAAUUCAUGUAUGGACAUUUAUCGACGAAAUGAUUAAAGGCCAACCCCCUUACUCCUGCUCUAAUGUACCUUAAAAGUAAUCGGAAGUUUCUUUCAAAGUAAAGAAAAAAGAUUUCAUCUCAUAUGUUGUAUUUGUUUUAAUUUUAUUUUGUGUAAAUAAAUUAUUGUUUACAAAA